CCUACCCUCCCUUCCCCACUGUCCAUUUGGCCAUCUCCAGCUCAUUCCCCUCAUCAGAGGCCGCUCAGCUCAACCACACCCUUGCCAAGAUCUCUCACUUCUUCAAUGGCUGCUACUUGCCCUCUAGCUCUCACAUUCUUCUUCUGUUGCAUCCUCCUUGAGACAAUCAGCUGUUCAGGAGCAUUUGUGGAAUUAUCGUAUGAUUCAACAAAGGUCAAGAUACUGUCCAGCUCGGUGAUCACUGAGUUCAGAGUCGUGGUCACUGAGAAGCAGCACGCCUACCUCUUCUUAAAGCCGUUUGAGUGCAGACGGAAGCCAUGCAGGCCAGAGCAUCUUGCCGGCUCAUUUGUUAAUGAAGUUCUUGAUCCCGAUCGGCACCUCAACGUCAGCAACAUCAUCGUCAUGGCCAACGAGAGGCAGCUCGGCGCGCUGCGCCGCACCUUACAGUCAAUUCACGCUUAUCUCGGCGCCGUCGGAUUGGGGAAGAGUGUCAAGGUCUCGCCGGAGCUCUUGCAAUCUUCUCUACGGAUCAUGGCCAAGAAUCGUGCCCAGAAGAAGCAGUGGGGAAAGGUCAGGGAGUUUGUCAGGAGGUCAGGCUCGUUUAUUCAGCUGGAAAUAGAGGCAGAAGCAAACAGUGAGCUUGCCCUGGAUGCGGAGAUCCAAGAGGUCGUCGCUCUGUUGAGCGCCGACGCCGGCGUUGUGCUCCACCUGAAGAGUCGUGCGGCUCCAAGCGCGGAGGCAAUGGCCAAUCUGGUCGGCGAGAUCAAUCGAGAGAAGAGAUUGUUGGGUGUUCUGGUGGACGUGUCGUCUCCUCGGCGCGAGCUCGGCGAGGCAAGAGCCACGGCGCACGACGAGUUCUCGCCGGUCACCAACCCGGCGACGAUGCCCGUAACCAACCCGGUGACCGUGCCCGCCACGAACCCGGUGUCGAAUCCGAUGUCCCCCGGCUUCGUGACGGUGCCGUCGACCAACCCGGGCAACGGGUUCUCGACGAACCCCAACCUCCCGCCGCUGUACCCCGAACCGACGACGCCGGUCACCAUGCCGGUCCCGACGACGAUGCCGCCAGCAACGGUUCCCACCCCCUUCGCCAGCCCGGUCACUGCGCCGACCAUGCCGGGCCCGGUCACCAACCCCACAGCCCCCGUGUCGAACCCGGCAACGACGCCGACGCAGUUCCCGGGCACGUCGCCGGUCACCAACCCGGUGACCACGUACCCGUACCCGCCGCAGCAGGGCGGCGGCGCGGGCGCGGGUGGCAUGCCGACGACGCCGGUGUACCAGCCGCCGGCGACAAUGCCCGGCACGGUGCAGCCGGGCGCGCCCACCGUGGCGGGGCAGACGUGGUGCGUCGCCAAGACGGGGCUGACGGACCUCGAGCUGCAGAACGGGAUCGACUACGCGUGCGGCAUCGGCCAAGCCGACUGCUCGGCCAUCCAGCCCAUGGGCGCCUGCUACAACCCCAACACCCUGCAGGCGCACGCCUCCUACGCUUUCAACAGCUACUUCCAGAGGAACCCGUCGCCGACGAGCUGCGACUUUGGAGGCGCCGGCAUGCUCGUCAACGUCAACCCAAGUUCAGGAACUUGCAUGUACCAGACAUCAGCAGGUUUCGGCGCCGGUUACAGUCCGGGAGCGACAGGCACCGCGCCCACCGGUUACACCCCAGGGAUGUCGGGCGCCGUGCCCGGUGGUUACAGCCCGGGGUGGACAGGGAGCGUGGGCGGGGGAUCCGGCUCGACGGUGCUGAACGCCAACAACCCCGGCGGGAACUCCAUGUACGGCUCCGACAACCCGACGGGCUUGACCGCCGGCUCGGCGUCCCUGUCCUGCGGCUGGGUCCUCUGCCUCAUCUGGAUGGUCACCUUUGCACUCGUCAAGGAGAAAGUGUAGCCUUGCCUUCUUGUGCAUGCUGAAACAGUUCCCCGUGCUGUUGUUUUUCCAGUUGUGUACACUGUACAGACGAGUGAAUUCAUAGGGGAGAAGACUAGAUGUUUUGCGUGUUUGUACAUGGGCCGAGCUGAAUCUGAAUCUGAAUGAUGCUUGGCCGUACAUGUUGUAGGUGAACAUACAGCAUAGAGUUCCUUCUCUAUGGACCAUGAUUGGUGUGGUGCAUGAUUAUGAUCGAUCUCGCUUGAUGCUUUUCUUGCUUCA